UCAACUACUUUCUGGUCAGUGACAUAAUGGACAUAACAGAGAAAAGUGUUCUGCUUGCAAAAAGCAACAAUGAUCAAGUGAAGAAACAUCGCACCUUUACUUCUGGUUUGUCAUCGUUAUUUGCAAUUAUUUGCAUUGUUGAUGUGUUUGGAGUAUUUCCAAUCGUAGCACUUCCAAAGAGCAUCAUUGAUUGUGGAAUAUAUGGAAUUGUUGUAAUAUGUGUCGUCAGCACUUUGCAGAUUUACACUGCAUCAUUACUGGGAAGAUGCUGGUUGAUCGCAGAACAAAUAGAUCCGGAUGUUGAAUCGAAAAGUCGUUAUCCCUACUCUGCGUUAGCCGAGUUAACAUUUGGGAAACGUUUUUCAAAAGUGGUUACAUUCUUUUUAGACAUUACAAUUUUUACAGGAGGUAUUCCAAAUUUAUUAGUUGCUUCUCAAACGUUGCAAUUACUUGGACGUCGGGUAUCUGAGAAUCACUUGGAUUUGUCCUUUUGUUAUUGGAUUAUUGUCAUAGGCACAUUGUUAUGCCCAUUACUAUGGCUUGGAAGUCCAAAGGACAUGAAGUUGUUGUGCACCUUGUCAGUCACUUUUGUUUUAGGUACUUUUAUCUUAGUAAUAACUUCAAUGUUAUUUGAUAAUAGAAUCAUAAGUAAUGACUCCACUAAUCCUGGAAUUAAUCGAUCGAUUUGGACGAAUAUGUUAACAGCGUAUGGCAUUAUCACAUUUCAGUUUGAUAUUCAUCCGACAAUAUUAACAAUCCACGUUGAUAUGGAUGAAAAGAAAAAGAUCACAAAAGUUAUAAUUGUGGGAUUUUUAGCGUCGUUAAGUAUGUUUGCAAUUUCUACAUCCAUCGCAUAUUGGCGAUAUGGUACAGGAGCUAAGCCAAGUUUGCUCGGAUCACUUCCCAGCUCGAUCGCAUUACAUUUUGCUGCCUUGCUGGUCGCAUUGCAACUUUGUUUAACACUAGCCGUGAGCAAUAGUGCAUUAUAUCAACACCUAGAAGAUUGCCUUGGAAUUUCCAGAGAAUUUAAUCAUCGCCGAUGUAUUUUACGAACUGCACUGAGUGCAAUUGCAAUACUAAUCGCUGAAGCAGUACCACAAUUCGAUAUUGUAAUGGCUCUGAUUGGUGGCACAUUCAUCGGGCCGUUAGUAUUCGUGUUGCCGCCAUUGUUCUACAUUCGCAUCAGGUUAUUGAAGCGAAAACACGAGGGAGAAUUACAACUGGCUGUAUUUAAUAACAUCGUUUACAAUUCAACAACUCCUUCAAUAGCGUCGACCAGCUCGCAACCUGCGUCAGACAAUUUAAUGAUACAAUCACCACGAUCACCAAACGAUACCCAUCCGGAUCAAAAUUACUUCCAAACCAAUUUACAAACAACGCUCGCGUUACUAGUGAUCCUCUUCGGAUUAUGCUUCACGAUUGGGGCGACCUAUCUAAACAUCUCAAAUGUAAUCGCAUUCACAAGCUUCUCACAACCCUGCAUUUAUAAUUUAACUCUUUUAUCACCAUUUUAAAUUACAAUUACAACAUACACACGUCUUCGGUAGCUACGUUAUGCAAGUAAUAAAGUUAAUAAUAUAAUAAAAGUACAAACAUUAAACAUCA